GGACCACGUUGUGGCCGAACGGCGUGGCGGCCGGUGCUUUUAUCGCUUCUUGUCUUCGAAUGCUGUGGUGACUAUUCGGUGUGACAAUCGACGACUGUGUCUGCGCGGAUGGCGCAAGACAUCGAGAAGCAGCACCCGUCAAGUCCUGAGACGGCACCAGUGAACGGUGGACUCAAGACGACCUCUUCGUUGAGCACCGACGUUGUCUCGCCUCCAGUCGACAUCCUGGCAGCCCCUGUGGCUCAGCGUGCGCUUAAGUUUUCCAUCGACAGGAUCCUGUCGCCGGAUUUUGGCUCCAGGAGUCAAAGCCGACACCACCAUAGAAGCUCGAGGAAAAGCUCCGAGACAGUGCCUCGUAAUGGAGAUGACACCGAGGGAAAGCAAGCCAACAAGUCCUCCUCUGAGUCGCGCAAUGGCACCAAUGGAGACAGUACAUCGAAGCAACUCUUGUGGCCAGCGUGGGUUUACUGCACGAGGUACUCGGACAGACCAUCCUCUGUGCGCAGUCCGCGGAGGCAGAGCAGUUCCUCGGAUGUAGGAGCCUCCACUUCAAAAAAUGGUCCAAGAUCACGGCGCAUGAAAAAGAAAGAGAAGAAGCCCGACGAAAAGCGACCACGAACGGCGUUCACGGCGGACCAGCUGGCGCGACUGAAACAAGAGUUCCAAGAGAAUCGCUACCUGACUGAGAAACGAAGACAGGACCUCGCGAGGGAGCUCAAGCUCAACGAGUCUCAGAUCAAGAUAUGGUUCCAAAACAAGCGGGCCAAGAUCAAGAAAGCGAGCGGACAACGCAAUCCUCUGGCGCUUCAACUCAUGGCACAGGGGCUCUACAACCACGCCACGACUGGAAACCAGACUGGGGACGACGACGACACAUCAUCCUCGUGACAUUCGUAGGAAGAAGGACGAUAUUCUAAUUGUACGUAAAAAUCGUCGAGAGACGUCGCAAAGUGUAAAUAUGCAGUGCAACAAAACCGCGGAACUGUAUUUACGGUGCGCCCUCGCAAAGAACGCCUUUCAAAGACUCCUCUCUCAGGUGAGGCUGUGUUCCAGGAAGGAGGAGGGAUAUGACAUUUAACGCGCACGAGAAACCAUGUAGUACAGCUUGUGCGUCAAAUAACCUUACUUUAAUAAAUAUGAACUCUUUACAGAAUACACUGCGCAGAUUUUAAAUGUAUAUGUACACUCUUAAAAAUGAACUUCACCACAUAGCACUCUCCUAGCCAACCAUCAUCCCGAAUGACAACGUUCUCGCCCCUGAUUUGUUGAAAACGGGAGGAGGAGCCUAUUUUGUGCCGUGCAUAAUGGGCACAAAAUAGCCUCCUCCUGCCGUUUUCAGCAAAUCAGGGGCGAGAACGUUGUCUUUCGGGAUGAUGGUUGGCUAGGAGCGUGCAAUGUGGUGAAGUUCAUUUCUAAGAGUGUAGUCGGACCUUCACCAAACAACACCCUGCUAUAUGCGUUAUCCCAAAUGUUUUCUCCUCUGAUUUGUGGAAAACGUUAGGCGUACGCCAUUUUGUGACACUUUGCACACUCAAAAAAUAGAGCUUCACCGCAUAGCACGCUCCUAGCCAACUAUCAUCCCUAAUGGCAACGUUCUUUCCCUUGAUUUGAUGAAAACGGGGGGCGCACGCCAUUUUUGUGACAUUAUGAAUCGCACAAUACCACAAAAAUAUCGUACGCCCCCCGUUUUCAGCAAAUCAGGGGAAGAACGAUGUCACUCGGGAUGAUGGUUGACUAGGAGCGUGCUAUGUGGUGAAAUUCAUUGUUAAGAGUGCAGUUAAGUUUAUUGUAAUAAUAAUAAAAAAAUAACACAUCCACCAAAAAGAACCGAAGAACAAUACAAAAAUGAGGCGUAGAACCUGCGCUUUCUACAUAUCCCGAGUGUAAACAAACAUCGUUCUGUGCAGUGGUUCGCCUUUUUUUCAGAAUGUUGUGUGGUGAAAGCCAACCAUGCGCAAAAUGGUACCUAUACCGCUAUCACUCCUGAUUUGUGGAAAGCACUGGGCGUACGCCUUUUUGUGACAAUUAACAUGACUGCAUAAGUGUCACAGAAGGGCGUACGCUAUCCGUCUUCAAUAUAUCAGAGUAGAGAACGAUAUUACUCGGGAUCGCUGUUGCAUAUAAUAGCGUGUUUCUGUGGUGAAGCUUUGUAUAAAGAGAGGCAGGAUAAUCAGACGCAAGUGAUGCAGUGUGACAAAAAUCCAAACAUAACCACUACAGGACAAAUGUUGAAUUACGGACAUGUGCCUGAUGUACAGUAACAGCUCUUCUUGGAAUCUUUCCUAAUAUCGCGUGCUCUGUAAUUGAUUAGAAUUCAUCUCCGUAACUUCCGUAAAACGUAUAGUUUGUGAACUGACAAAACAUGUCUGCGAAUAGACGCAGGCCAUGAUAUCAUCGUAUCCCUCCUUUUUCUAAUAUGCGAAACUGCAAGCCUGAAGUGAGUUCUAUAGAUGGGCCUUCGCAGUCACACAAACGGGUCAACAAAAAACUUGUUCCUUCUGAAGUGCAGCCUAAAAUGUGUAUCAUAGUCAGUUGUACAGAACGUUCUUUGUGUGUUGUGUAUAUAAGUUAUUAUUCCUUGGCCCCGGAGGCACGGGAGCAUGUCGGACAACCAAAAAGACACAGCUUUCUACAUCUUUCGCCUUUUCUUUCGGUUCCUCUGUGUGCUUCAUUUUAGUCAGUAUUGUGGUCGCGCAGAUGAAGAGAAUGCAUGUUUCGUCUGCCACGGUUGACAAAACGCGUGUGUGAUAGAUCCUUUAAGACAAAACCGCAUAAGUGCCUGAUAAAACGAGUUGACGGGGCGAUGUCCGGUUUAUAAACCUCCUCGAAGUGUCUAUUUCCAAACGUUGUAACGCUUUCCUGUGACCACGUCGAAUUGCUAUUCAAAGAAAUCAAACAUGUGCGACGUAAGAAAAUCUGUGAGCGGCAGCUGCAAGUGCGCGAUGUUCACGUAGCAGUCAUUUUCGAAGGAUAUACUUCGAUAGCGGCUGAAAAUUGUUGUCAGAACACAUUCACUCACAAGACCGUCUAGAAUUUUGAGUGUGAAACGGGACGAGGCAUUGUGCAUGCAUGUGGCAGGCCGUAAAUCCUCAACGACUAGAACAGCACGAAUAGAGCAUAGUUAUGGACAGAUCUUGCACUGCUUAGGUCAUUACUCGGCAUAUUGCACGAUAGAAAAAGAUACAAACGAUGAAUUUAAAAAAAAAAUAAUUUACUUAUGAACGCGUAAAAAAGAAAAAUACGAGUGAAACGGAGCAAAAUUAAGCGUUUUGGAGAAACAGACCGCUCUGUAUUGUUUCAAUGCACAGGUAUUGACAUGGGUGUUGCAAACACAAGAAAUUGUAAGCUAAGAGGUCUGUGGAUGAUCAUAGUGAUAUAAGACGUCGAAAACCUUAAAAAAGAGAUUAUUAUGACAUGUCAAGAGGGAGAGAGGGGCUAGAAAAGAAAGAAUUUGAGAAUCGUAUGCCACGAAUCAUAUCCACAUGUGUGUCAUGCCAUUGUUCGAUUCUUUGUGUUAUCUUGGAAAGAGGAUAUUUUCUGUGCACCUAUAAUAUUAUUUCAUGGUUCAAUCUGUGACCGUACGCACACAAGUGUAUACGUAUUUGAUCCAUCACUUCGUGGUGUGCACAUGUUUAUAGAGGAGUCUCCCACAACUUAGAACUAUACCAAAAAAAGUGUGUGCUUUAUGCUUUUCUCGUAUGAAUGUUCGCCCACCUCCUGUUGCAAGAAAACAGGGCAAACGGGGAGAAAUGAUAGCCAUUUUGAUCAGUGGACGAGAACAGAUGCGCUUGUGCAAAACGAUUCACCAUUGUGAUGUCAGCAUAAUUUCACAAGAUGGCACACAUAGCACACAGUUGGAACGAGGAAAUAUGUCUUAUGAUGUUUCACGUCAUGUCUUCAAAUAAAAUAUAUUGCAAUAUGAAAUCCCACCA